CAUCCACGACUCGGAUUACAAUGUUUGCUUACGUUCUGAGCAUCCUGGGACGGGACGUACACGCACUCAGUAACAAUGGCCAAUUGGGUUAGUCCAAACCGUGGUGUCGUCUAGUUCACUCUUUUACCCCAAGCUUCUACUCGAAGAACCGGGAAUACGAACAUGGAAGUCACACAAUUGGAACCAUACAUACUCAAAGGCUCAAUCAAGGUUAUCGACAGGUUCUUUUCUGUGCCCGUGGAUUACGCCAAACCAGAUGGUCCCCAUAUCCGAGUAUUUGUGCGCAAUCUCAUUCCUUUGGAAUCUGGCACGGACCCUGCGGCAGAGUCGAAUCUGCCUUAUCUCUUGUAUUUGCAAGGUGGUCCAGGAUUCGGUGUCGACCUAUCUUUCAGCGUAGACUUGGGGAGUGCUCUUCACAAGAAAAAGUAUCAGACCCUCUGGCUCGAUCCUCGUGGGACUGGUCUGAGCACGCCGAUAACGGCGGACAUAUUCCAAACGAAGCAAAUGGACGAUGAGGCAAUUGCCAAGUAUCUCAAACAUUUUCGUGCAGAUAACAUUGUCAGAGACUGUGAGACCAUUCGGCACUUUCUCCUCGACGGCAAGAAAGACCCUGAAGCACGUAAAUGGACGAUCUUUGGGCAAAGUUUCGGAGGCUUCUGUGCCGCUACCUACCUUUCAUUCCACAGUGAUGGCUUGAAGGAAGUCUUCACCGCUGGCGGUAUUCCACCCAUGGUCGACUCUCCCGACGCAGUUUACGAAGCCCUCGUUUUGAAGGUGGAAGAACGAAACAAGGUUUACUAUUCAAAGUAUCCCCAAGAUGUAGGAAAUGUUCGUCGGAUCUUGGGUUUCCUAGAAGAAAACAAUGUCGUUGUUCCGAACGGCGGGAAUCUGACGGUCUCACGGUGGCAACAACUUGGCAUACAAUUCGGAUCACAUGGCGGCAUCGAUCGGGUUCACCAACUCGUGUUUCGAGCGAUCACAGACUUGUGCACGUUUGGGAAGCUCUCAUAUGGGCUUCUUGACAGCGUGCAGAACUCACAGAGCUUUGAUACCAACCCAAUUUACGCGGUGCUUCACGAGCCUAUCUAUUGCCAAGGGCGGAUGGCAAGCUGGUCUGCACAUCGCGUCAUCCAGAAGAAUGAUAGGUUUGUCUGGGGGAAAGUGAAGCUCAUGUCUGAUGAUGUCCCCAUUUACUUCACGGGGGAGAUGAUAUUCCCCGACAUGUUCGAAGACUACCAUCAUCUACGUCCGUUGCGGGGCGCUGCCGAACUGCUGGCUUACGAUGAAGAUUGGCCUAUGUUGUAUGACAAAGAGGCCCUGAAAAAGAACCAAGUAAAAGUGAACGCUGCAACCUAUUAUGAUGACAUGUAUGUCGAUUUCGGUCUUGUGCAACAGACAGCGUCUGUCAUAGGCAAUGUGGAACAACUCAUCACCAAUCAGAGUUUCCAUGACGGUAUACACAAGCACAUGGACAGCAUUCUAACAACCCUUUUUGACUUGUCUAAACGAGAGCGCGAUUAGAACAAUUUUGCCUAAAGCGGCGAGUAGCCUGUAAGGUGGUAUUGACGUGAUAUCGUCUUCGUUACAGGAGUGACGAUAUCUACAGCCAUUGUAUUACAAGUGAUUUAAAGCUUUCUUUACUUGUACUAAAUGGCAGUUCAGUAACCUGCGUCACUUCACGCAAUUCAGAUACUCGACUAUCACGUUCAUCGCAAAUCGUGUCUUGCCACAUGAGGUGUUAUGCCAGAUCAGUGUC